AAACCACAGACCACAGUAGUGGGACAACAUCUCGAAGCACUGGAAAUCCGUCUCCGUCAUGGCAACAUCGACCCUCAUCCUGUCCGAUUGUCGCACCCUCGCCUACCUCGACUACGAAAUCCAAACAUCGUCUUCAAGUGAUGCAUCACCCAGAGCCAGAAAUGGGCCAACGAUAUUCUACUUCCAUGGCUUUCCCGGUUCUCGUCUCGAAGGUGACCUCUUGGCCCCUACCGCCAAAAGGCAUGGCGCUCGGUUGAUCUCAAUUGACCGGCCCGGCAUGGGUCUCUCCACAUUCCAGCCUGAUCGCACUCUACUCGACUGGCCGCGAGACGUGCUGGAGCUGGCGGACCACUUGCAAAUCCCGGCCUUCUACGUGGUCGGCGCUUCGGGAGGUGCACCAUACGUCUUUGCCUGUGUCAAGGCACUUCCAAGGAACCGGCUACUCGGUGCCAGCGUCGUUGCUGGCAUCUACCCCCUCAGCCUCGGCACUCAAGGAAUGUCUAUGGACAACCGAAUCCUGCUGUGGACUGCGUCUUCAAAGUGGCUGGGAGGUCUGACCGGACGAAUGAUGGACUGGGCGUUUGGAGCAGUUGUUCGAGACCACGAACAUCCGGAACGUCUGACAGACCUGUUGGUCAAGGGCAUGCGGACGAAGCCUGAACCCGAUGCAAAAUGCUUCGAGAACGAAUGGGCCAGAGACAGAAUAGUUGAAGCUGCGCGAGAGAGCUUCAGGCAGGAUGGAGAUUGCGUGGCCUUGGAUAUCAAGUUGAUUGCCAGAGACUGGGGCUUCAACCUGGAAGAUCUAAACAUCGAAGGGUUCAGAAUCUGUCUUUGGCAUGGGAAGCGCGAUGCUAACGUGCCCGUGUCCAUGGCAGAGAAGGCUGCUGCACUGAUGAAAGGCGUAGAUCUGAGGGUCCUUGAGGAUGAGGCUCAUCUGAGCAUGUCUCUGAAUCAUCAAGACGAGAUUCUAAAGGCUUUACUGGUCGAGGGUUGAAGAGCGGCAUAUUUUUCGAUUUGGGAACAAUACGGAGUACGCAAAAUCAGUUUUUGUCAGAAUAUGGGAUGCUAUUGAGUCUUUGCCGGCAUGCAGUCAUCGAUGAUCAACCCGUCGAAAGCAUGACUGAGGGCGGAAUCGCCUGAGCAGGGUGGCAGAGUGUGAGAACUAAUGUUGG